UGCGUGCUGGCGCUGCCCUAUAAACGCACAGCCACAGGAGCCGGCGCACGCUGACAUAAAAAUCCCAUAGCCCAGGUGGGCGCGCGCAGGCCGCUGUCUACCGCGUAGUGAACGAGGCCGUGCUGCUCGAUCAGGGGGCGGGGCCGUCGGUCAGAGUGCACAAGCUACUGAGUGAAGAGAGAAUUCUACUGGAGGGAAUGGCUGCCUCCUCAUCCUCGUCUUCAGCUGGUGGGGUCAGUGGAAGUUCUGUCACUGGAUCUGGUUUCAGUGUGUCAGACCUUGCCCCACCACGGAAAGCUCUGUUCACCUAUCCUAAAGGAGCUGGAGAGAUGUUAGAAGAUGGCUCUGAGAGGUUCCUCUGUGAAUCAGUGUUCAGUUAUCAAGUGGCAUCCACACUUAAACAGGUGAAACACGAUCAGCAGGUUGCUCGGAUGGAAAAACUGGCUGGUUUGGUGGAAGAGCUGGAAGCUGAUGAGUGGCGGUUUAAACCCAUUGAGCAGCUGCUGGGGUUCACACCCUCUUCAAGUUGAUGUCACCUGCAUGGUCGCCUCUAGGGCACAGCCACCCAGCGAUGCACAGCUGUACUGUGAGCUGCAUGUCUGAAUUCACAUCCAUACUUGGUUCCUCUGUUUCUCUUAAAAGGCAACAAAUGCUCCUGUCAGAUGUUGCUGCAAUGUUUGUUACAUUCUCGUUCUUAAAAGUAUUGGACAGCACUUGGGAGUUCCAGGACAUCCAGAGCUAUACAGAGAGAUCCUGUC